UUGUUUCGCGGAUUCAUGACGUCAGUGAAGAAAUAGUUGACAGACAAUAUCAUUAGAUGAACAUGCCGAUAAAAAUCUAUGACAGAUAAUAAUACACUGUUGUUAACAUUUCUCGGUAUUGGAACUUGCAUUGUUGGGAUGUCCUUAAUGAAGAAAUUGUUCCGUCGAAACAGAAUGAAACAUUCACAUCUGAACGAAAGUCUGAACGAAAGUGUGACAACUGCAACUUUGAAGGAAGUAUCGACUGACGGUUUACUCGAUUCUGAAACAGACCAAUCAGAGAUAAAUGCAGAGAAAGGAAGCGAUGUGAACCAAUCAGAGAAAAAUGCAGAGAAAGGAAGCGAUGUGAUUAAAUCAACGUCUUCGUCAUCAUCAAACUCUGAUGCGUCCAUAAAUCAAAAUGUUAGGAAAACUAGAAAAAAGUUGAACUCUACUCUCAGGAAAUACAAAAAAACAGAAAAGAAAUUACGACGAAAAAAGAUUGAAAUAGUACAAAUGGAAAGUGAAAUAGAAAACCUCAUGCAGGCUGUGAAGAGCAAUGAAGUCAGUAUGGAAUCUCUCCAUGAAGAAUUUAACAGCAAAAAGUUGGAAAUGUUAGCCAUUACGUCAUUCAUAACACCUGAAUCAGAAAGUGAUAUUAGGAAGAAAGAAGUUAUUUGUUAUAAGCGGUACUCCAAUAUCAAGACGGUAGUAGACGCCAAAAAUGUACUGACAAUGAUCAGACAAAGACAGAAAGCAUUAAAAACUUUGGAGAUCCUCACUUUUAAAAAAUACUGGUCCAUCGCACAUAAAACAGACAAGCCAGAAAACACUGCAGUCAUUCGGAGUGGGCUCGAAAACUGGUUUCGUCAUUUUAGACACAAUACAUUUGCUAGUGAUUCAAGUCAAGAGAGCCGAAAUAAUACCCAGGAAGAUGAAAAAGAAGAGACACAUCCCGCCAUUUUUCCAAACCCUUCGUCUGUACCUUUACUCGAAUCAACGAUAUGAAUAGAUAAAAACACUCCUCUCAAAUAAACUUAGUUAUACACUUCA